AUGGCAACUCGAAACACCUUUCCCAAUGAGGUCUGGCUCGAAAUUGCCAAGCAGGCCGGCGGUCGAGGUCUCACUGGCAUCGCCGCUACAAGCAUGGAAAUGAGAACCUUACUGAUACGCUACUGGGCUAAGGCCUUGCGAUUCCAGGGAUGUCAGUGGGUGGUUUCUCUUGAUAUCUUGAACUUCCUUGAAAGACACGGUCCCGGACAGUCUAAUGGACGACUUCCAAACGUGGUCCCGCGGGUGUCAUUUGCGAUCCAACCUGCAGCUGCGUGGCCGGGCAGGUACCCUAUCCUCGAAUCGGACCUUUCGAGGGGCUGGCGAGGUGCAAUUGAGAUUGAUUGCAUGUCUGCGCAGAUCAGUCCUCAACUCCCUCAGCAACUGGCGAAGAUGAUAAACCCAGGAGUGUUUAUAGAGCUUGAAUCAUUGAACUUGAACCUUUGGGGACUCACCUGGAACCAGGCCGCGUCGUUUGAAAAAGCUAUUACAGCUUACCAAUCGCUCAACAUUCGUUUUCUGAGACUUGAAGAAUGCUACGAAAGCCGAGUUGUCAUAGACCUUUGCAAGCCAAGCGUACUAUAA